AUCAGAAGAAGAAGUAAGCUUUGCGAUGGGUGAUGAUGAUCAUAAGCCUCCGCCAACGACGGAGGAGAUUCGCCAGAAGAUGAUCAGCUCCUUUACUACUGAGAUCACAUCUUCCUCGGAACAAGUCGCUAUCCUCAUUCUUGAAGCUCAUCAAUGGGAUAUCGCCGCUGCAGUCUCCGCCUUCAGAGACGCCGUCGUCGCAGCCGCCGCCGCCGCCAGGCCAAAUGUUUCUUCGCCGAUACGGUUGCGAUCACCACGGUCUCCUUCUCGUGCCUUCUCUCCUCGCGAUGGGAACAUCCUCAGCGACUCCGAUGAAAAAGAGAACGAAGAUCCUAUGGAAUCAGAUGAUGUAGAAAGAGAUGUAUCAUCAUUACCAAGAAGACUAAGGUUCAGAAGCUUAAGCGAAAUUCUUUCGGUUAUUCCUCAAGAGAUCCCACGUACUGUCACUCUUUAUAGGAAUGGUUACACUUUCGAUGAUGAUAAUAUAUUAUGGCCAUUGGAUGAUCCCGACUGUGCAGAGUUUCUUGAGAUCGUAGAAAGCUUGGAGUCACCACGUGCACUCGAUUCUCCAGGUGGCAAACGGCGUGUCCUUAUCACACUCAUUAGGCGUCAACAAGAAGACUUCCAUGAGCCACCAAAACCAUUCCAAGGUGUGGGAAGAACUCUAGCCGAGCCAGACUCUGUCCCACCAGCUUCAUCCGACUCACUGACCACAGAACCAACACCAUCAAUCGAUCCCACAGCGCCAACGACCUCAAUCAAGGUCAUAUUAGCAGACGGCACACCCAUUAUCUCCCGGUUCACCACUACUCACCAUACCAUCAGAGACGUUCGAGACUUCAUUGACGCGGCUACACCAGGUGCCUCCAGAGACUACCAACUACUCAUCAUGGGGUCGUCUCCUCCUACACCACUGACGACUGACUUAGACCAAACCAUCGAGCAAGCUGGCAUCUCCAACGCUGUUCUCACUCAGAAGUUCUAGACCUUCCUCUUAAGCACAUAAAAGAUCAUAUUACACAUGUUGAUAUCAUCAAAACACACGCUUUUUUUGGUUUUGACUUACUUCUCUCUAGGCUAAAAUUCUUUUUGCGGCUGUUUUUGGCUUGGGUUAAUAGGUGAUGUAACUUGAUAUAUCUCAAAAAGAUUGAUCAAAUAAUAGAGAGAAUGAAUAAAUAUAAGUUUUUUUGGAAACAAAUUCUGAAGCAACAUAUUUCAUUUUACAAAAAAACUAGGUAGUAAUCCGCUAGGUUGAAUUAGUUCAAGUAUCAUAUUUGCAUAAUAUAAGUUAUGGUUCAAAGCGUGAUUGUGGUUUAUUUAAUGUGUUGCUAAAAAAAAAAGUUUAUUUAAUGUAUAAAGUAUAACAUUAUGAUUAUAGUGAAGAAUUGAAAAGGUAUAAACAAUGUUAUAGAAAGUCUUGAUACAAUAUUGGAGUGUUUAAAAGAUAUACUAUUAAGCUCACUAUUCAGGUUAAAAAGCUAUAAACUAUAAAAUUGACAUUUGGAUCUGGAUUUCUUAUGAGCUGCCUUAAAUAUGUUAAUUAAGAAUUUCUUGCUAUUCUCUCUUUCUUCAUUUCUAAAUUUUUUCUUUAAUUUUAAUUAUAAGAUACCCAUUCAAAUUUUUCUUUAGGAGCUGCUCUUAUACUACGACAUGUCAGCGUAGAGAAUUAGCAUUUUCUUUGAGUAGUUA